AUGGGUUUCUGGUCGCGCAAACAAGAGGAACCCCCCGCCGAAGAUGGCGAAUCAACACCGCCAACAACAACCAAGGGCGACCUCAACAAGAUCGCAGCUGAAAACGACGUCACGGCGUCUGCCAGCCAGGCCGCCGGCACCGCAUGGCUGGCUGGCCAUUUGAACCAUUUGACGCCCGAGCAGGAAGAGAAGCUGGUCGAGUUCAAGGCGUUGGUUGAGGAGAAGGAGUACUACAAGCCUGGCAAGGACGGGGAGCCGGCUAGUCAUACCGACGCUACGUUGCUACGGUUCCUGCGCGCUCGCAAGUUCGAUGUUCAGGGCGCCUACAAGCAAUUCACCGAGACGGAGGAUUGGCGCAAGGCGGAGAAGAUAGAUGCGUUGUACGAGAACAUCCGACUGGAGUCUUAUGAGCGCACACGGCAAAUGUACCCCCAAUGGACCGGACGUCGUGAUCGCCGCGGAAUCCCCGUGUAUCUGUUUGAAGUCAAGCACCUGACCAACAAAAACGUGUCGAGCUUUUCGAGCGAGGUGACUUCCCAAGGCGCGUCGGAAACACACAAGGACUCGACCAUUCCAGCACGGCUCCUCUGCCUCUUCUCGCUGUAUGAGCACUUGCUCCAAUUCGUGCAUCCGCUAUGCUCGGCCCUCGCGCGGCCGAACCCAGAGACUCCGAUUGUCUCGUCCAACAACAUUGUCGACAUCAGCGGAGUCAGUCUGAUGCAAUUCUGGAAUCUGAGAAGUCACAUGCAGGAUGCGAGCGUCUUGUCGACGGCGCACUACCCAGAGACCCUGGAUCGUAUUUUUAUCAUCGGAGCCCCAUCCUUUUUCCCCACAGUCUGGAACUGGAUCAAACGCUGGUUCGACCCCGUCACCGUGUCGAAAAUCUUCAUCUUGUCUUCGACCGAAGUCCAAUCGACACUGGAAACGUUCAUGGAACCCGAGUCAAUCCCAUCGCAGUACGGCGGCAAGCUCGACUUUGAAUGGGGCGAUAUGCCAAACCUCGACGAGCCUGCGCGCAAACUGGCUGGCGCGAUUGAGAAGACGGAGCAGGAAGGCGGCUAUCUCAAGGGUCCGAUGAGAUAUCUUGGAGACCACAUUGAGGUUCUCGGAACCGAUCAGGGCCAGCCUAGAAGACAGACUAUUCCUGUACCCGCUGCUACAACAUCGACGACGACAACAGACACUGAAGACUCAGCCCCAGUGCAGGACCCAAGUGAAAAAGUGGAAGAACUCGCAAAGGCGGAUGAAAUCGCCCCAAGCGCAGUUGAGACCGGCGCACCGGUUGCAUAG